CUAGGCCAGCCAGAGAGAGAGAGAGCCGCUGCGUGCGCUCGCUCUCGGAGAAAUCGAAAGUGCGCAUCCGCUCUCGCCGCUGGUCGUGACCUCGUAGCCGCCGCCCGCCGACGUCUCGUCCACCUUGUCCGGAACUCCGGCGACCCCGAAUCGCCCAUCAAGGGCGAAAUGGAGGCCUCGUCGCCUCGCCGGAAGCCGCGGCCAGCCCCCGCGGAGGAGUCCGAGACGAGCCUGGAGUCUCUCCCGUCGGAGAUCCACGAGAGGAUCGUCUCCCUCCUCCCGGUGCGCUACGCGGUCCGCACAUCCGCCGUCUCCCGCGCCUGGCGCCGCAUCUGGGAGUCCGCCCCGGCCUCGCCCUCGAUUGGGGCUAUGAGUAUGGGGCUGACCCAGCCUACGCCGACGACGUCCUCGCGCGCUACUCCCACCCCGUCCGCAGCUUCUUCUUCCACCUGCCCGAGGAGUCGUUCCAGUGCUCGGACGACUGGGUCCCCCUCCUCGCCGGCAAAGGGGUCCAGACGCUAAGGCUCCAUUUCAGCCAGGGAAGGGAUGUCGAACCCCACUACAUGGACGUGUCAAUCUUCUCCUGCCGCGAGCUCACUUUCCUCGACCUCAUAGGCUGUGACAUACCGGCCGCCCCAGCAGGUUUAGUUGGGUUCCCAAAUCUGACCAAGCUGUACUUACAUGGGGUUGGAUUCCCGGAUAAUGGGGUGAGGGGAUUAGAAGAGUUGAUUGCCGAGUCACCAUUGCUUCAGGUGCUGUGGCUGGAUAAAUUGUGGUUUCCAGAGGACGAGGAUGUGGAUGAGCAGGAUGGUCAUGGGUUUGAAGAAUUGGUUAUUCGGGCACCCAAUCUUCGGAAUUUGAGAAUUGUUUCUGAGUAUGACAAUGGGUGGCAGAUCGAGGAACUUCCAUGUAUUGAGAAAGUGGAGAUCAGUUCCGACAACUACACCACUAACCGUGAUUUCAUGAGGCUUCUCACUAGGGUAGCCCGUGUCCGAGAACUCUCCCUCAAGAUGCCGGAUGCUGUGUAGUUCACACGAUGCUCAUGUGGAUGCAGUACCUCACUCUUGCGAUUCAGAAUGUUUGGGUCUCAUCAGGCAUUGCAUUACACACUAUCAAUCUCAAGGAAAACAAUGGACAUUUCAUCAUGUGACUGCUCUGGUCAGAAAAGGUUCUCGGUUUACCAUGAUUCAGAUUGUCCAAGUCCUCACCUAAUGGAUUUUAUGUAAUUUAGAACUGUGUUCUGCUUCAUCCAGGAUAUGCAGCCUCCUGUAAUGUAAAUAGGCAACAGCUGUCACAUUAGUGGAGUUAAAAUUAUCUGGAUAGCAUUCCUUGAUAGUGUCACACGUCUUAUUAUUCUCUGUUGUUUUGUAAUGUUUAUCUUAACUCUGUAUCUGUGUUAGUCUGGUCCGGUAGGCCCCUUAAGUUGCAUAUGUGUGCCAUAAAUCCAUCAACCAGUAACCCAAAAAUAAUGUGACAUACCUGCAGUCUUUACUAA